AUGAAAACCAACAAUGGGAGACAUGUCGUUGUGGAGUUUCCCAUGUCCGUUGUUGGGCCAGCGCCAUAUGUGACUAACUCAGAAGUUGCAACGAUCACUUACCGGCGUGAUCUCUUCUCAUACGCUUCUGCUCUGAUCGACACCAUCCCCAUCUUCAAGCAGCGCGCAUCAUACCAAGUCUUCAUGGACAAACACAAACACUUUAAUCUGCUGAAGAAUGGGCAUGCUGUCUUCUCCAAUCUUAUAAAACGCCCAACAAUUCUGUCCAACUUUACACCCACUCUGUUCCACCCGGACCCACACAAGAGGAACAUUUUUGUCUCCAGGGAUGACCCCACAACCAUCACUGGCUUCAUAGACUGGCAGUCCACCAGUGUCGAACCGGCAUUUGAGCACGCUCACGAUUUCCCCGACUUUGCAAGCAUCCCCUCAGGGGGAACAUCAGAAAACGUUGAAACAAGUCUCUGCUACCAAGCAUAUGAGCUAGGGUGGACUAUGUUAGCUCUGCAACUAGGUGCAACCAGGAAGAUUGACCAAAGCCUUCUCCGGCCGUUCAACUAUUGUCACCGGACGUGGGGGGAUAGCUUUGUGCCAUUUACGACCGAAUUAAUGCGGUUAAAACGAGGGUUGCGGGAAGCUUGGGAUAUGAUCGAGACAUGGGUGGAGAGCGACGGCUGGGUUUGUGUGGAUCGCUGGGAAGACGUCAAGCGGGCUCACACUUACUUCUUUGAUGAACUUAUGGCCAAUAUGGAGGACGACAAUGACCCAUGGCACAAGCGAGGAAAAGGAUACCCAGGAAUUGAACAAGCCAGGCUAAGAUGCGAGUUUCAGAACAUUGGUACAAGUAAGGACAGUGGCAUAUGCCAGUGCAGUGGUGGCAAGCCUGGGGGAAGCUUGUGGCCUGGGGAAGAUCAUGAUUCUUCAACCAUGAUGGACACCCAAGAGAAUACCGGGAUGUAUGGCCUCCAAUCGAUGAAGCAUUCGAGGAAGGCGUACAAUGAUAUCGACGAAAGCGUCGAAUGGGCGUGUUUGAAACGGUUGAAACGGCUGCUACAUACCCUCGCAGAGGAAACCCUCAAGUCAGAAUCAAAAGAGAUCCCUACGUUCUCAUUCAAAGGCGCAGGUCUCAUUCCCUCCGGUGUACGAAGAAGAAGAAUACGAGUAGGACCCAAGUCAAGAAUCCGCUUCAGAAGAUCAAACCCAAUACGCGUUGGUAUAGAAGACGCGAUGAAGGCAUCCAGGUCGAGUUGCGAUACUAGCGAGAGGCCCGUAAAGGACGAAUCAGAAGAAGAUAGCAACCCAAGUCCUCUUUCAAUCCUUAUGCCUACCUUCACUGCCAACAGCACAAUCACACUGACUGCUGCCGAUCUCAUGGCAUUCUGUCAACGGCUAAUAUCCGCGCGUCAAGAUCAAAAUUAUAAUACCCCUGCGGACAAUUCAAGGUAUGAGAGGGACGUCCGAGCCUCAAUUAAUACCAAAGCUGUCACCACAUUCGAUGGAACCGACUACCAAACUUGGAGGAAUGACAUCCUCGUGGACGCAGAGGUGAUAGGUGGCAUUGACAUACUCACCAAGAACCAGGAGAUGCCCCCUGAAUACCUAUCAGCAUUAGAAAAGGAGCAACUAGAUAACGCAGCUGCCCUAUGGAGAAAAAUAGCAGCAGUAUACGGAAUAUCCCUAGCGGAAGAACGCCUCAAUAUCAUCAAAGAGCUAACUACCUUGCACGUAAAAAAUAACAAUUAUUUGUUAUACGAACGUCGUUUUCGCUAUCUCGUCGCUCGUCACAAAGAACUCGCAGGAGAUCCAAUAGAUAUCUACCACGACCUGUUCCUCAUCGGUUUACGAAAUUAUCAGAAGGCUUUCGUUCAAACACAUCUUGAUAAGUUCUACGCAACUGGUCAAGAUCCUAUCUCCAAUAUCAAUAUCGACGACCUGAUGAAACAACUGGCGAAUCGUGCGGACAAGCCAAAAGGAUUCUGA